AUGUAUCAAUUACGUCUUCAGAUUCCGGACUUAUCCAAAUUUCCAAAAACAGGAGAUAGGCUGGUGCUGUUGAUCCAUGGAUCGGAUCCCGUUCACGCUUAUAGUCAGAUUUACGAACAGCGGGUAAUUUCGGUUCGUGAACAGCCUGACAAAAUCGACAAACACUACGCUUUCGUACAAACUGACCAGCCCUUGUACAAAGCAAAAGACACGGUCCGUUUCCGUAUCGUCACCGUGGAUCAGAAACUUCUGCCAAAUCGAAUUCCGCUCAACGUGCGAAUAUUGGACCCGCAGAACAAUAUUGUCAAGCUGUACGCCAAUGUGACUGGACAUGACGGAUAUUUUGCCGGAGAUCACUUGCUGUCGUCGGAGCCAAUACUGGGCGCCUGGACGAUCGAAGCGCGCAGUUAUGGUUCGCAGAAUCUCGUCGGAAGAAAACAGUUUUUCGUUGAGGAGUACGUUCUGCCAAGAUUUGAUAUAAAGAUCUUGUCACUUCCACGAUAUGUGACGCCUAUUGACUCUGAACUGAGGUUCCUUGUGGAGGCAAACUACACAUUUGGUGAGCCUGUAAAAGGCACACUGAAAGCCACUUGGAAAAUGGUUCGCAAUAACGAAGACCAAGAGAAUAAUGGAAACACAAUAACUGCGGACUUCAAUGGGCGAUCAUCUGUUAGCCUGCCAAUUAGAUCUGCGGUUAGCCGCGAUGUAGAUUACAGUGCUGACGACAAACUAGAGAUCAAAGUAAAUUUUACGGAAGCGCUAACCGGACAAUCAAAGAUUACCAUCGGCUACGUUUCCGUCAGCAACAUAGCGUACAAAGUGGAGCUGCUGGGCAACGCCGAUAAGUUUACGCCCGGUCUACCUUACCGGUUUCGUGCUCGUGUUAGCGAUCUAGACGGACGUCCACUUCCACUAACGAGAAAAAAGAUAACUAUCGACUACUCGUUUUAUGACAAACGCGCUAGUUGGGGAAACCGAGUUGUAGUUAAGAGUAUGAGAUUUAACGACUACAACUUGGACGAAAACGAUGAGGACUAUUUUACACUGGAGUACCCGGAGCGCCGACCGCAGUCGGGAGAGAUCCUGCAACUUGGCAUUCCUGCUAACGGCAUCGUUGACGUCAGUAUCCCCACAACAAGGUACGCCCGCCGAAUUGAGUUAAACGUAAAGUACCUGGACGAUCAAAAGAGAUACACCGUCAAGGGAAAAGAAUCCCCGAGCAGCAGCUUCUUGGAGAUCGAGCCGUUAUCAGGGGAUUUGCAUAUGGGAGAUAUGACAUCUUUUGGAAUUAACACGACAACCAGAACAGACGAAACCAUCCAUUUCAUUGUUCAAUCCAACUCGAACGAUAGCUUCCUGUGGAGUAAUUCGACAUCGGCAGCUGGUUCUUACGUCACAAUAUCUGUGCAAUUUCUCGAAGCGAUGGGCUUUGAUGUACGUCUCACGGUUUAUUAUAUCAGAAGCGAUGAUGAAAUCGUCGGCAAUAUUCUUCCUUUAACCCUCACGCGAUCUCCGGCCAAAAAUGAUGUGGUUGUGUCUGUGGACGCUACGAACGGGUUGGAGCAUGUACAUCCCGGUCAAAAAGUUGUUUUGAAAGCUAAAACAUCUCCUUCAUCGUUUGUUGCCUUUUUGGCCAUGGAUGAAAGUCUGCUUUUGCUGAAAACCGGAAACGACCUUUCCUAUGGGGAGAUCAACGCUGCGACUGACAGAAAAGUAUCAGCAAUCCCUUUGUCCGAUCUGUACUCUGUGAAAGACUAUUUUAAGAAAGCGUAUACCGAACAGUUUGUGUUGACCAAUUACGAGCUGCCUUCUUCGGACGAAAUGCCCAUGUAUUUCAGCUCUGCCUCUAAUCCGUCCCAUUAUCGGCAGGCCCGUAUUCUCAGUGGCGCUCCGAUGUUCAGUGAGGCCAUCGGGGAUUAUGCGGAUGACACUCUAAUUGCUGGUGAUUAUGAUGACAUGCAAAGGGCCAACAGAAUAAGCGGUAGGCAUCGGCAUAACCAACAACCGUCAGCGUCGGCGGAAUCUUUUGAUCGGACGACACAUCCCAGAGAUAAAAAUCCUACCGACAAAUUACAAAGUCCUACCCAAAACCGUAACAACUUUCGGCAGAGCUUUCUUUUUGAAACCGCGGUGUCGAACUCGGACGGAUUUGCAUUAAUACAGUCCAAAGUCCCUGAUUCGAUAACCACAUGGAAAGUAACGGCUUUCAGUAUAAACAACGCCACUGGAUUGGGAUUAACUUCGGUUCCGACUAGACUUAAGGUUUUCCAACCAUUUUUUGCUGUGCUCAAUCUUCCAUUCAGUAUAGUCCGGUAUGAAAACCUAACCGCCGAAAUCCUGAUUUUCAACUACAUGUCUCAGGAGCAAGAUGUGAAAGUUAAACUCGAAAUCCGCAAUCCUGAUAAUUCAACCCACAUUCUACGAAAGAUUGUUGCAGCCAAACCAAAUGACGGCAUAACCGCGGCAUUUAACAUCAUUCCUCAGCAAAUCGGUGAUUUGGAUCUGAAGGUGACUGUCCAGUGUGCUCUGGCUGCCGAUCAGUUGGAGAAAACAUUGACUGUCAAACCAGAAGGCGUAAGGCAGUACUACAGUUACCCCGUUUUCAUUGACCUUCGCCAGUCAUCGAAUCUUGAUUUGGUGGUGAGACUGCCUGUAGAUCCGGUUGGAAAAGUUGUCGGGUCGGAUAAAGUGGAAGUUCGCGUGGUCGGCGAUAUUUUGGGUGCAGCUAUGAAUAACCUGGACAAAUUAAUCCGACUGCCAACCGGAUGCGGCGAGCAGAACAUGGCCACAACGACACCGAACUUGGUUGUUGCGAAAUAUUUGAAACAGCUGAAUCAGCUUUCCGAAACUCAGAGAUUAAAACUGGUAUCCAAUAUGCAGCUGGGAUAUCAACAGGAGUUAACUUUCCGGCACACUGACGGUUCGUACAGUGCAUGGGGCAACUUUGAUCCUAUCGGCUCAACAUGGCUCACCGCAUAUGUCGUGCGAGUGUUUUCCGAAGCAACGGAAUUUGUGCCGAGCAUCGAGGAAAAUGUUAUCAAAUCAGGUGUGCGUUUUUUGAUAAAUCUGCAGAAAGAGGACGGUUCGUUUGAGGAAAAAGGAAAGGUCAUUGACAAACAGCAUCAAGGGGGUGCCUCAGCAGGAACCGCCUUGACUUCAUUUACUCUUUUAUCACUUCUGCAGUACCGAAACGCUAGCACAGAAUCCUGGGCGCAGACUAAUGCGUCCAUCAGAAAUGCUACCAUUUUCUUGGAAUCGAAACUCCAGACUUUGAGUAAUGACGCUUACUCGUUGGCUAUUACUGCUUAUGCACUGGCAAAGGCGGGCAGCGUUAAAAGCUCUCCAGCUGUGGCUUUGCUAGAGCAGAGAAUGGUUACCAACGCUUCCGUUGCUUAUUGGACGACAGUGGCUUCUCUCUCAGAUCAAGGAGCUGAUGUGGAACAUUCAUAUCCGACAAAUGCCAAAGAUAUCGAAACUACCGCUUACGCGUUGCUAGCAUUUUUGGCCAAUAAUAAAUUCUCAAUGGCAUUGCCCAUCGUUUCCUGGUUGAUAUCGAAACAAAAUUCCGAAGGUGGCUUCGUUUCAACCGCGGAUACCGUAGUGGGUUUGACCGGACUGGCAGAAUUUGCCAAAGCCUUCAUCAGUUCUCCAUCGAUGCAAAUUGACAUUAACUACGAUCGCAAUAAGCAGACCGUGUCGCUCAUUCCGGAAACCGCAGUUGUUCUGCACAAUAUUGAACUGGGAAAGAAACCCAGAAGUAUCAAUCUGAGAGCCCAAGGCAGAGGGGUUGCCAUUGCUUACUUGAGCUGGACCUACCAUGUCGCCAAACCAGCUGAAGAUAUCGCGUUUGACCUUAAUGUAACAAGGGCAGCCUCGGCAACCGAUUUGCGUAUGGGCAUCUGCAGCAGAUAUAUUCGUGAAGGCAGCAGCGGCAUGGCAGUUAUCGAGGUUAACGCUCUUUCCGGUUACCAAUUCGACGAAGAUGAGAUUCGGAAGCUCGUCAAAACUGUCUCCACGCUACGAAAAACGGAAGUCUCGGAUAAGGAAACAAAAUUAAAUCUUUAUUUUGAUCAGCUGGAACAGUCACCAACGUGUUUCAAGCUAACGCUGUACAGAACGUACAAAGUGAAGGACAUCAAAGAUCAGAGCAUAGUCGUAUACGAUUACUACAAUCCUAAAGAGCGACGAACCGUGUCGUACAAUCUGUUUUAG